AUGUGCGUUCUAACCUUAGUAAAAGAUGAUAUAAAAUCAGAUAUUUUAAAACUGGUUCUUGAUUAUAUAAAGGUUACAGUUGUACAAGAUAAUGAAAAUGUAAAAUUACCAGAAAUAUGUUACGAUAAGAAAAUAACCCUGCAAUAUAAGAACAAAACAUACAAGGAUCUCUUUUGUACAUUGUAUGCCUUAAUUGAUAUAUACGAUUGUUAUAGUGAACUUUUUAAUGAAGAUGAAGAAAAAGUUAGUGAGAACGAAGAAUUUAUAUUUCAUUUAGCUAGUGAUAAAUACAUAUUAAAACAGUCGGAUAUGAAACAUUUAAAUGACUUGUUAUGUGAGAAGUCUUAUAUAAUUUCUAAUAAGCAUGCAUCCAUAGUUGAUAUAUUUUAUUUUUGUGCAAUUCAUAAGUUAUUAGAUGAAAUGGCUGUAAAAGAAAGAAUCGAAUUUUCAUAUAUUUAUAGAUGGUAUUUACAUAUUCAAGAAACUAUCGUAGCUAAUUUUAGUACAUUGAAAAAAUUAAAUGUUAAAGAUAGUUUAGAAAAUUUAUUAAAUAAUAAAACUACUACGAAUGCUCAUGAAAAUAAGAACAAUUUUAUUUCCAAAGAAUCAAAAGAAGAUAAAGCUCAAACUAACGAAAGCGCAAAAAAUAAAAAGAAGGAUGCCCAAAAUAAGAAUAAUGCACCAAAUAAAAAAGUAGAAGAAGCCAAAAAGUUAGAUGAUAUAGCAAGAUUGAAUGUACUAGUUGGAUAUGUAGAACAAGUUGAAAUACAUCCAGAUGCCGAUACAUUAUAUUGUUUAAAAGUUAAUCUUGGUGAAGAUAAACCUAGAGAUAUAUGUAGUGGUUUACGAAAUAAGAAAAAUGCAGAAGAUUUACUUAACAAAUAUGUUUUAGUUCUAGCUAAUUUAAAAGAAAAAUCUUUAAGAGGAAAAAAAAGUCAUGGAAUGGUUUUAUGUGGUUCUUUCGAUGAAAAAGUAGAAUUACUUGUUCCACCAAAUGGUGUAAAAAUAGGAGAAAGAAUAUUAUUUCAUAAUAUGGAUCUUAAUGUUAUACCAGAUAAGAAUCUUAGUUCUGAUAAAGAAAAAAAUCCUUUCUUCCAUAUUCAACCACAUCUUAUAUUAAAAAAUGGUGUAGCUUAUUAUAAAGAUACUAAAUGGAUAUCUUCUCAAGGUGAUAUUACUUGUGUUCUAGAUCAAGGAACAAUAUCAUAA